CCAGGACGAGUCACCCUUGGCCUGCGGCAUCACCUGUUGAAAUUCAGGAGGAAUGGUUUCUCUCAUAUCUGUCUGCCUACCUACGUGUGUCCUUUUCUAUUCCUCUCGCCAUGGGGGAUUCCAACGUGGAUGCCAGCGCCACAGUGUCUGAGACAGUGGCUGAAGAAGUGUCUCUUUUCAGCAUGACGGACAUGAUUCUGUUUUCACUCAUCAUGGGCCUCCUGACCUACUGGUUCCUCUUCAGAAAGAAAAAAGACGAAGUCCCCGAGUUCACCAGAAUUCAGCCAGUGACCUCCUCUGUCAAAGACAGCAGCUUUGUGGAAAAGAUGAAGAAGACGGGCAGGAACAUCAUCGUGUUCUACGGCUCCCAGACGGGGACGGCGGAAGAGUUUGCCAACCGCUUGUCCAAGGACGCGCACCGCUACGGGAUGCGGGGCAUGGCUGCAGACCCCGAGGAGUAUGACUUGGCCGACCUGGGCAGCCUGCCGGAGAUCGAGAACUCCCUGGCGGUGUUCUGCAUGGCCACCUAUGGGGAGGGAGACCCCACGGACAACGCACAGGACUUCUACGACUGGCUCCAGGAGACGGAUAUGGACCUCUCCGGAGUCAAGUAUGCGGUGUUUGGUCUCGGGAACAAGACCUACGAGCACUUCAAUGCCAUGGGCAAGUAUGUGGACAAGCGGCUGGAGCAGCUCGGCGCCCAGCGGAUCUUCGAGCUGGGGAUGGGCGAUGACGAUGGGAACCUGGAGGAGGACUUCAUCACGUGGCGAGAGCAGUUCUGGCCGGCCGUGUGCGAACACUUUGGGGUGGAAGCCACCGGAGAGGAGUCCAGCAUUCGCCAGUACGAGCUCGUGGUCCACACAGACAUAGACGUGGCCAAGGUGUACACGGGAGAGAUGGGCCGACUGAAGAGCUACGAGAACCAGAAACCCCCCUUUGAUGCCAAGAAUCCGUUCUUGGCUGAGGUCACCACCAACCGGAAGCUGAACCAGGGAACUGAGCGACACCUCAUGCACCUGGAAUUAGACAUCGCAGACUCCAAACUCAGGUAUGAAUCUGGGGACCAUGUGGCCGUUUACCCAGCCAAUGACUCUGCCCUGGUCAGCCAGCUCGGCAAGAUCUUGGGUGCUGACCUGGACGUCAUCAUGUCCCUGAACAAUCUGGACGAGGAGUCCAACAAGAAGCACCCCUUCCCCUGCCCCACCUCGUACCGCACGGCCCUCACCUACUACCUGGACAUCACCAACCCGCCACGCACCAACGUGCUCUACGAGCUGGCACAGUACGCCUCGGAGCCCUCUGAGCAGGAGCACUUGCGCAAGAUGGCGUCCUCCUCGGGCGAGGGCAAGGAGCUGUACCUGAGCUGGGUGGUGGAGGCUCGGCGGCACAUCCUGGCCAUCCUGCAGGACUACCCGUCCCUGCGGCCCCCCAUCGACCACCUGUGUGAGCUGCUGCCUCGUCUCCAGGCCCGCUACUACUCCAUCGCCUCAUCCUCCAAGGUCCACCCCAACUCCGUGCACAUCUGUGCCGUGGCGGUGGAGUACGAGACCAAGUCUGGCCGCAUCAACAAGGGGGUGGCCACCAGCUGGCUACGGGCCAAGGAGCCUGCAGGGGAGAACGGCCGCCGGGCCCUGGUGCCCAUGUUUGUGCGCAAGUCCCAGUUCCGCCUGCCCUUCAAGGCUACCACCCCUGUCGUCAUGGUGGGCCCUGGCACAGGGGUGGCACCCUUCAUAGGCUUCAUCCAGGAGCGGGCCUGGCUGCGGCAGCAGGGCAAGGACGUGGGGGAGACGCUGCUCUACUACGGCUGCCGCCGGUCUGAUGAGGACUAUCUGUACCGCGAAGAGCUGACUCAGUUCCACAAGGACGGCUCCCUCACUCAGCUCAACGUGGCCUUCUCUCGGGAGCAGCCCCACAAGGUCUACGUGCAGCACUUACUGAAGAGGGACAAGGAGCACCUGUGGAAGCUGAUCCACGAGGGGGGUGCCCACAUCUACGUCUGCGGGGAUGCUCGGAACAUGGCAAGGGAUGUGCAGAACACCUUCUACGACAUCGUGGCCGAGGUGGGGGCCAUGGAGCACGCCCAGGCCGUGGACUACAUCAAGAAGCUGAUGACCAAGGGCCGCUACUCCCUGGACGUGUGGAGCUAGGGGCAGCCCGGCCCUGCCCCUCAAGCCCCACAGACUUGCUUCUCCCUGUAAUCACCUUCCUCGCUCCCUUCUGCCAGUCUCCUGGCUGGUUUCUUGCCGCGGGAGGUGGGCCGAGGGACCGUCCAGGCCCCAGACGCACCCUCUGGAGCACCCCGGCCCCGGGGCAUGUGGUCAGGGGAGACCAGGGCCUGUGUUUUGUGAACAUCUCCGGCCCUUGGUGGCUGUACAGAAGGGGCUCUUCUCAGCUGAGCUGGGGCCCAGCCCCUCCGCAUUAUUUUCAAUGACUGUAAAUAAUUUUAAAUAAUCUCUGGUCCUUGAAAUAAAGUUCUGUUUUCUGUA